AUAAAUCAAUAAGCAUUUGGAGAUAUCGUACUACUCUUCGGGGGGCGGGGGCGGACGCUAAUAAUUUGUGAUGCUGAAAUAUGAGAGCGGAACCAAGGCAGAUGAAUAAGCAACGAAUGGAGCACUGUCUGUUGAGUGAAGUUGGGCUCUAAAAGAAAAAAAAUCGAGUUGCACGCAACGGGAUUUCUCAAUGUGGGAUAAAAUUUGAUCCCUGUGCACAAAAUCCAGGCAAAACCGAGGCGCCUUCUGUCUUGCACAUUUCAAUGGAUACUCCUGAUUGAGAAGUGCAGAAUCAAACUUCAGGAAUAUUUCAUCUGAAAAGCUCUGAACCUUAAACUAAUUUUCAUUCACCGGAGAAAACGAGUUGGAGGUCUAAUGGCCUCGGAUGACAAAAGACCAAAAAUGAAAUGUUGGAACAAUUUAAAAGAUCCGUGGGCUCUCACCUGGAUUAUUUUCCUCGUUGGUGCCAGAAGUGGUAGUGCACAAGACAGACACAGGGGUUACUUGGUGGCUGCCCCGUCUGUGUUCCGCGCCGGGGUCGAGGAGGCCGUGAGUGUCACGCUCUUCAACGCGGUGGAUGAGACCCGGGUCCAGGUGCAGCUCGCCGUCAAAGGAGAGACAGUCGCCCACAGCCAUGGCACUAUACUUGAUAAAGGAACCAUCAAACUCAAGGUCCCCACUGGACUGCGAGGCCAGGCCCAGCUGAAGGUCUGGGGGAACCGCCACCUGACCGAGGGGGGCUACAUCUUCCACAACUCCACCACUGUGACGGUGGACAGCAAGGGGACUGCGGUCUUCAUCCAGACCGACAAGCCCGUCUACAAGCCACAGCAAAGAGUGCUCAUCAAUGUUUAUUCAAUGGCACCAGAUCUGAAACCAGCAAAUGACAAGAUUGAGGCGUAUGUUGUGGAUCCGCGAGGAUCCCGGAUGAUCCAGUGGAACGGACUCCAGCCCCAAUGCUGCGGCAUUGUGAAUAUGAGCUUCCCCCUGUCUGAUCAGCCGGUGUUUGGAGAGUGGCUCAUCUUUGUGGAGCAGCAGGGUCACACCUACAACAAGUCCUUUGAGGUGCAGAAGUAUGUCACCCCCAAGUUCGAGUUGGUGCUGGAGCCGCCACGUUACAUCCGUGACCUCAACGUCUGUGAGCAGGUGACGGUCAGGGCCAGGUACACGUUUGGGAAGCCGGUGACUGGGAAGAUGAUAGUCAACAUGACGGUGAAUGGAGUGGGUUACUAUCGCCAUGAUGUGGGCCACCCAGUGGUCAAGACCAUGGAGAUCCGAGGCACAGCCACCUUUCCCCUGUGUGUGAAGGAGAUGAUGCCCCUGGAUGUGGCGGAUCACUUCCGGGGCACGGUCAGCAUGUGGGUUUCGGUCAGCAGUGUGGACGGCAGUCGGCAGACCAUGCUGGACGACUCCACGCCCGUCCACAAACAGCUCAUCGACGUCAAGUACUCGAAGGACACGCGCAAGCAGUUCAAGCCUGGCCUGCCAUACAAGGGCAAGAUCGAAGUAACAUACCCCGACGGCAGCCCUGCGGAUGGCGUGCGUGUGCGCGUGAAGGCGGAGCUGACGCCCAAGGACAACGUGUUCACCAGCGAGCUGAUCUCCCAGAACGGCCAGGCCACCUUCGAGAUCCCGUCCAUCCCCACGGCAGCACAGUACGUCUGGCUGGAGACUAAGGUCAUGUCCAUCGAUGGCCGAGCUGCUGGGGACCAGUACCUGCCCAGCUACCUGUCCAUCAGCAGCUGGUACUCCCCCAGCAAGUGCCACAUCCAGCUGCAGAGUCCCGGCCAGCCCCUGCAGAUCGGACAGGAGGCCAAAGUGCAGCUGAAGUCGACGUGCGGGUGUAAUUUCACGUUGCACUAUGAGGUGGCCUCGCGGGGCAACAUCGUCCAGUCUGGUCUGCAGCACCCCAACCAGAGCAGCCACCGGCAACGGAGGGCCGCCGUCACCUUUGACAAGAACAUCCACACCACGCAGACCCCCUCUGAGACAGAGGAGGAAGAGGCUCUUCCCCAGGCUGAGAUUGACAGCUGUGUGACAACGUUGCAGCUUCAGGUCACCGCGGCGAUGGCUCCUCUGAGUCGGUUGCUAGUGUACUACGUCAGAGAAAAUGGCGAGGGGGUCACGGACAGCCUUCAGCUGCCUGUGCAGCCCAGCUUUGAAAAUAAGGUGUCUGUCGCUCUCUCCUCAAAUGAGUCCAUGCCAGGUGACCCCAUCAGCUUGAGGGUCAGAGGUGAACGGGGGUCAUGCGUCUGUGUGGCCACGGUGGACAAAAGCAUGUACCUCCUCAAGCCAGGCUUCCAGCUCAGCCCCGACAAGGUAUUUAAAGAGCUGGCAGACUUUGACGUAUCAGAUGCUUUUGGCGUACCCAAAGAUGAUGGGCAUUUUUGGUGGCCGGGCUUGUCGUCACGGAGACGACGGUCCUCUGUGUUUCCAUGGCACUGGGACAUCACUAAAGACGCUCGCUUUGCCUUCACGGAGACCGGGCUGGUUGUGAUGACAGACCUGGUGCAGCUGAACCACAGGCAGAGUGAGGGCAUGUACACAGAUGAGGCCGUUCCAGCUUUCCAGCCCCACACCUCCACACAGGCAGCCCUGCAUGCCCGACCAGGACCCAGAGCAGAGAAGCGAAGGCGAACAUUCUUCCCUGAGACGUGGGUGUGGCACUGCCUCAAUGUCAGUGAUGUUACAGGUGAAGCAGAGCUCCAAUUGGUUGUCCCGGAUUCCAUCACCACCUGGGUGACAGAGGCGAUUGGCCUCUCGGAGGAGAAGGGGCUGGGCAUGGCGCCCAGGGCAGAGCUGCGUACCUUUAAGGCCUUCUUUGUGGAUUUUACUCUGCCAUACAACGUCAUCCGCGGAGAGCAGACCAAAGUUCCCCUCACCGUCUACAACUACUUACCCACCUGUGCAGAGGUCCACAUCAAGGUGUCGGUGCCCAAGGGCAUCCGCUUCGUGGGGCACCCUGGCAAGCAUCACCUGACCAGGAAGAAGUGCGUGGCCCCUGGAGAGGCCACGCCCACGUUCAUCGUGCUGUCAUUCGCCGAGCUUGGUGUGGCCAACAUUACAGCUCGCGCAGUAGCCUACAGUGAACCGGGGUGCUGCCACGAUGGAGUCCAGGCUUCCAAAAUGAUCCGCACGCCCGAGGAGCUGGAGGACCGGCGAGCUCCAGCGGGCAGCGACUACGUGCGCCGCAGCGUGCUAGUGGAGCCGGAAGGCCUACCUAGAGAGUACACCUACAGUGUGUUCUUCUGCCCCAAUGAGCGGAUCCACAUCUCCACACCCAACAAGUACGAGUACCAGUAUGUGAAGCGGCCGGCGCAGGUGACCCACUUCGAGGUGGCAGUGAAGACACACAACGAUGCCCACAUCGCCCUCUCGACCAGCCCGCACGACAGCGCCGAGAUGCUGGAGAUCGUGUUGGGUGGGCGACAGAACACGCGCUCCUGGAUCUCCCUGGGGAAGAUGGGCGAGCCGGUGGCCAGCGCCCCCACGCCAGGCAUCCUCUCCUGGGACGAGUUCCGCAGCUUCUGGGUCAGCUGGAAGGGCGGUGUUGUGCAAGUCGGCCAUGGCAAUCAGCCCUCCAACGAGUCCAUCAUCGUGCAGUGGGCCGGCCCUCUACCGGGCCAGGUGCGGCACAUCGGCUUCUCCACGGGCUGGGGCUCCGUCGGCGAGUUCAAGAUCUGGCGUAAGGAGGAGGCAGAUGAGAAUCACAACGAGGCCUUCACUCUGGGCGUCCCGCACAACGUGGUGGCAGGGUCCGAACGAGCGACAGCCUCCAUGAUCGGAGACGUGAUGGGUCCCACCCUCAACAACCUGGACCGACUGCUGCGGCUGCCCUUCGGCUGUGGAGAGCAGAACAUGAUCCACUUCGCCCCUAACGUCUUUGUGCUGAGGUACUUGCAGAAGACCCACCAGCUGAGCACAGAGGUGGAGACUGAAGCCACGGACUACUUGCUACAAGGUUACCAGCGGCAGCUGACCUACAAGCGUCAGGAUGGCUCGUACAGCGCCUUCGGGGAAAGGGACUCCUCUGGGAGCAUGUGGUUGACGGCGUUUGUGCUCAAGUCCUUCGCCCAGUCGCGGGGCUUCAUCUUCAUCGACCCCGAGGAGCUGCGGGCUCCCAAAGCCUGGCUCAUCGCUCACCAGAAAGACGAGGGCUCCUUCCCCGCCAUGGGCAGGAUCCUCAACAAAGACCUGCAGGGAGGCAUCCACGGGAAGAUCUCUCUGACUGCCUAUGUGGUGGUCGCCCUGCUAGAGACCGGAAUCGACACUGAGGAGGAGAAGCUUGCGGUGGCCAGAGCCAAGGCUUUCCUGGAGAGUAACACGUACUCUGCAGAUGACCCCUACACCACGGCCCUGCUGGCCUAUGCCCUCGCCCUGCUGAGGAGCCCCUACGCACCCCUCGCCCUCCGCCGCCUCAACCACAUGGCCAUUACUCAGGAUGGCUUCACUCACUGGAGCCUCACUGGAAGCACUGUCACCGAUGAGGACACCUUCAUGGGCUUCAGUGAUGGACUCUCACAGUCAGUGGUGUCUGCGGAGGUGGAGAUGACGGCGUACGGCCUGCUCACCUACACCCUGCUGGGGGACGUGGCCUCCGCCCUGCCCGUGGUCAAGUGGCUCUCCCAGCAGAGGAACGCCCUGGGGGGCUUCUCCUCCACCCAGGACACGUGCGUGGCUCUGCAGGCGCUCUCGGAGUACGCCAUCCUGUCCUACGUGGGCGGCGUCAACCUGACCAUCUCGCUGGCCUCCACCAACCUGGACUUCCAGGAGACCUUCGAGCUGCAGAGGGACAACAAGAAGAUCCUGCAGAGCGCCACGAUUCCCAGCAUCCCCACAGGCCUGUUUGUCAGCGCUAAAGGAGAAGGUUGCUGUCUCAUGCAGAUCGACGUCUCCUACAACGUGCCGGACCCCGUGGCCAAGCCGGCGUUCCAGCUGAAGGUGGACCUGAAGGAGCCCCGGCGCGAUCGCGAGCGCCAUCCCUCGCCGCCCCCACGCCACCCCUCGGCCCGCGCCCGCUCCCGCGCCGACAACCGCUCCGAGCUGAGCCGCAAGCGCCGGGCGCCCAGCGAUGACGAGGACCCGGCCGCGCACCAGGACCACCUGGACUACCGCGUCACCCUGGAGGCCUGCGCAAGGUGGCUACACUCAGGCUCGUCCAACAUGGCCGUCCUGGAGGUUCCGCUGCUAUCUGGAUUCCGUGCUGAUGUGGAAAGUUUGGAGAGGCUCCUGAUGGACAAGCGUGUUGGACUGAAGCGCUACGAGGUGGACGGAAGGAAGGUGCACUUCUACUUUGACGAGAUUCCCAGUCAGUGUAUGACGUGUGUGGCCUUCCAGGCGGUGAGGGAGUACAUCGUGGGCAAGACGGCACCUGUGCCCGUCAAGGUGUACGACUACUACGAGCCAGCAUUCGAGGCGAUCCGUUUCUACAACGUGAGUGAGAGCAGCCCUCUGGCUCGGGAGCUGUGUGACGGCCCCACCUGUAACGAGGUGGAGAGCUCCAGUAACCAGUGGACAGGCUUUGCCCAGGGCAGCUCGUGCAACAGCGUGAUGGGCUGCCCCGACGAGGAGGAGCGCUUCGAGCGCUGCACCUGCUACCGGGACUGCGGCUACGACGGCGAGCCCGUGUGCGGCUCCGACGGCCAGCUCUACCAGAACCAGUGCCAGCUGGAGGUGUCCGCCUGUCGCAACAACACCCGCAUCGAGCAGGUGCCGCUCAGCCAGUGCCCCCAGAUGGAGUCUGUCAUAGAUGAGCCAGAUCCAGCCACGGGGGAAGAAACUGAACAGGAGGCCGUUCUUAUUCACACAGGUGGAGAGGAUCAGGGCUCCAUGCCGGAGGUCUCCUACUACUCCUACGAGUACGAUUCCGACUCCGAACCGUUCCCCGCUGAACCGGACGCCCACUUCUUGCUGCCCGCCGAGACGCAGACGCCCAUGACCGGUCAGACGCUCUUGCUGGACACAAAGGACUCGCCUGAGCGAUGAGACAUAGCUCGGAGGCUGCCGGUGUGAAUCCCCCUUGUAUAUGUCUGUGAAUAUGAUAGUGUGAGAGUGGAGACUGGAGAGAGAGGGGGUGACAGAGAGAGACAGAGAAAGAAAGAGAGAGAGGUAGACAUUGGAACAGGUAGCAGGUUGUGUGUCUGUGUGUGUGUGUGUGUGUGUGUGUGUGUGGUCAGGUGGGUGGUUGCAUUUGUAUGUGUGCGCAUGUGUGUGUGUGUGCGCGUGCAUGCGUAUGUGAGUGC